CUAGCGCCGGCCGGAAGAGGCGCUUGACGGCGCACGUGGGUGGAGGCGCGUUGGGCGGGCACAUGGCGAGUUCUGCGGGGUUGGCGCUGUGCGGGCAUGCGCUGGUGGUGCGGGGCGGCAGCCGGUUUCUGGCUACCUCCACUUCGAGCAGUGAUGACGACAGCCUCUUCAUAUAUGAUUGCAGUGCUGCAGAAAAGAAGUCACAAGAACGUAAAGGGGAGGACGGACAGCCCGUGGAUCAGGGGAGUGACACCGUUCUGGCGUCCACCUUCUCCAAGUCUGGCAGCUAUUUUGUUUUAACUGAUGACAGUAAGCGUCUGAUUCUUUUCCGUACAAACCCAUGGCAAUGUCUGAGUGUCAGGACCGUGGUGAGGAGGUGCACGGCCCUGACCUUCACGGCCUCUGAGGAGAGGAUCCUGGUGGCGGACAAGUCUGGCGAUGUGUAUUCCUUCUCGGUGCUGGAGCCGCACGGGGGCGGCAGGCUUGAACUCGGACACCUGUCGAUGCUGCUGGAUGUGGCCGUGAGUCCCGACGACCGCUUUGUCCUCACCGCUGACCGGGACGAGAAGAUCCGGGUGAGCUGGGCCGCAGCUCCGCACAGCAUCGAGUCCUUCUGCCUGGGGCACACCGAGUUCGUGAGCCGCAUCUUCGUGGUGCCCAACCACCCUGAGCUGCUCUUGUCGUCCUCCGGGGACCGCACCCUGAGGCUCUGGGAGUACCGAAGUGGCCGUGAGUUACACUGUUGUCCCCUGACCAGCCUGCAGGAGCCCGCAGAGCCCUGGAGUGACAAGAGGUUCGCCGUGUCCAGGAUCACUUACUGGAGCCAGGAGGACUGCGUGGCACUCUCGUGUGACGGGCUGCCCGUGGUCUACAUCUUCCAGCUGGAUGCUGCCCAGCGACAGCUGGUUCCAAGGCAGCUGCUGACUUUCCAGCACCGGGUGUGGGACGCUGCCUUCGAGGAGGGCCAUGGGCUGUGGGUGCUGCAAGACUGCCGGGAGGACCCCCUUGUGUUCUACAGGUCCGUGGGCGGCCAGUGGCAGUCUGUUCCUGAAAGUGCCGAGUUGAAGAGGGUCUCUGCUCACGUUCGCGUGAACUGGGCCAUGUUGGAAGGCUGUGCCGGCAUGGACAGUGGCUUCAGCAGCCUCUACAAGGCCGCCUGCGACAACAUGACCACUUACCUGAAGAAGAAGGAGGAGCGGCUGCAGCAGCAGCUGGAGAAGAAGCGGCGUGGGGCCCCGCCGCCCGGGCCCAGCGGGCCAACCAAGAAGAUGAAGCCAGGGGAGUUGGCGCAGGGCUGCUCGUCCUAGCGCUCGGGGUGCCCCUCGGGGGGCGCAGUGCUGCCCUCUCCCCUCCCACCCGCAGCUCCCUGACUUCCUCGGGCUGGGCGGCGGCGAGGCCCACCCCGGCUCAGCGGACCCCUGGGGCCGUGCCGGGCAGCUGGACGGGACCAUGGGCUCUAGAACAUUCUGUCCCCAAAGCUGUGCCGUGGGUCAGCGUCACUGGAGACGCUGUUCGAGAGUAGUAAGUACACCCAGCACCUCCCUUCUCCUUGGAGGGUGGUCGCCCGCGGGCCUGGCGCUCGUCCUUCCUGCUUGUCCUGCAGCGGGCUUCCUGUCGGCAGCCUGGAGGCCGACGUCUUGCCAGCAGCACCGUGGAUGCCUGCGCUGUUCUCCGCUUGCCCUUCUGGAUGGUCUGCCGUGCUGCCAGCAGGCGGCCAUGAGCCCCAUGGGCUGUUAGCCCAAGAGGAGUAAGUACUGGCUCCCGAUGCUCAGGCCCCGUGGGGCGAGGAGAGCUUGUCGCCAGCGUUGGUGGAGACAGGCUUGUUCACAGACGCGUGAGAACUGGGGUGCCCCGGCUGGACACUCACUCACUCCGCAGGGAGGUGACUGGUGACGUGUACGAUUGAUUUUGAUCUGGACUUUGUGCACUGCAGCAGAGCAGGAAAGCCCGCUGUGUGCUAAUUCCUGAUCAAUAAAGAUGAGUUUUUCUGCAGCUUCUAGAAAAUUGAGCAGCAUCACAUGGAACUGAUUUCAAAAUAUAUUGAGCAGAACUGUGUAUGAUGAGUGUGUUCUCUGUGAUUAAAAUGUUUACCUUUUGGUUUGAAGAAA